GCCGAGAUCAUUAUCUAUUUCUCUACAACUGAAAACAUGCUCGUUCUCUCAAGCACAAACGGCGCUUCACUUAACGUCAGGGUCACCUCCGCGACCAAUUAAAGUACUUCUGUCAGAUGAGACGUCUUGGUAAAAAUAAAAAAAGGCGAUGGCAGUAUUGCUACAAGGAUAUCGAUGCUAAAAUUCAAGACGCAGCACGUAACAAAAGAAUAAUUGACCAGGAUUUUACACAAGUGUCAACACUAAACAGAAAAAACUACAUCGUAAAGGGAGAUAAGAAUUCAGCAAAACCUUUCAACGAUAUCCCUAGCGCAUGCGACAGAAAGUUGCAUACUUCGCAACCAAAACUGGAAAAAAGAAAGCUUGUUGAGAUUGAUAUCUGGGAAGGUUGUCCAGUUUUUGUUCGCACUUAUUAUUAUUUAGAUGUACCAGCUUCAAUAAUGCCUACUGGCAAAGGGUCUACUAUAGAAAACACAGUCGAUAAGAAUCUAGGAAAUAAUUCCCUACCUUGUCCAGGACAAUCAUACAACCCGACUUUGCACGAUCACUUAUCCCUCAUUUCACGACUAAAAGCUAUCGAGUCUGCAAAGCAUAAACGGGAGCUUAAAACAGAGCGCUUUGUUAGCAGUCUAAGAGGUGUUAACUCGACACCGAACCCUCUUAAAGAUAUGGAAAAGUUCCUUCAUUCAUUAAAUGCUGGGUCUCACGUUACAAAAAGUAGUGAAGACGUUGAUGAGAUUUUACUGCCUCGAAAAAAGCCUAAAAAAGUGGACCCUCACAAAAAAAUGAAAAACGAUCUCGAGAAUUUACCUAAGUUGCUUAAGGAAAUCAAACGUGAAAAGAAAACCAGGGAAAGGCGGAAGUCAGCAGCCAAAGUUAAAAACGAAAUCCGUAGUAAACUAAAAAAAGUUGAUCUGAACAUACCGUUCCAGCUGCCCAAUGAGAUAUCGUCAUCAUUAAGAAAGUUGUGUCCGGAAGGUUAUCUAUUUCAUGAGGUUGAACGUCGGCGGAACACAUGUCCACGUGCUCGGAAAACGUUGGGUAGCAAAAGCAAAAGCACAUCAUUUGAACGCAAGCGCUAAGUUAAUACAUUAAUGUAAUCUUUUAGAUUGCUUGUAAAUAUGUGUAUUAUCCAACG